CUGGAGGAGGUGAUGCUGACUCUUUUAGAGACAUUAGCAGCGAUGGAAGCAGUGACUCUGAAAUGGAAAAUGAAUCUAAAUAUUCAGGGAAUCGGUCUAAACACUGUAUUUCACGCCAUUACAUGAUUGGGAUGAACAAACUCUCCUCAGAUGGUAAACAUAGAAACUUGCGAAAUGAGUUUUCUAGUGAUGACAGUAGUGAUUGUGGAGAUUCUCAAGGCGCGCUCAUCUUUGAAUACCUUGAGAAUGACCGUCCAUAUUUUCGCGAACCUUUGGUUGACAAGAUUGUGGAUCUUGCUAAACAAUUUCCUGUUUUGAGGACAAUUAGAAGUUGUGAUCUUCUUCCAGAAAGUUGGUUUUCUGUUGCAUGGUACCCAAUUUAUAGGAUACCAGUUGGGCCAACUCUGACUGAUCUUGAUGCUUGCUUUCUCACGUUUCAUUUUCUUUCUACUCCUAUGAAAGGCACUGCUCGUAGACCUAUCAUAACUAAACAAAAGAUCUCUCUUCCAGUAUUUGGCCUUGCAUCCCUCAAGUGCCAUAGCUCCUUAUGGACUUCUAAUGGUGAAUCCGAUGGGAAGCUUGCCCAUACCUUAUUCCAAGCUGCAGAUAAGUGGUUGCGACUCCUUAAAACAAACCUGCCAGAUUACAGUUUCUUUGUAUCUCGGUACUGAUUACAAAGCCUUUUUGAGCUUCUUUUCCAUCUCCUUUGAUGGAGCCUUCUGGUUAUACAUGACCUGCUGCAAGGGCUCUGCACAUUCCUCAUAAACCCGUUUUUUUUUUAUUUGCUAAGGUGCUGUCAUUUAUGAAUAUCAAAAAAAAAAAAAAGUUAAAAAAUGAUAAAAGCUAAAAAAAAAGAGGAAAUGUUGAUUCUCGCAUUAUUCAGGUGGAGAAUCUUGAAAAUAAUUGUACCGUCGGUGCAAAUUAAGAGGAGGAUUGCACGGCAGUGAUACUGCUGGUGAGCAAAACCAUGGCUAAUUCGUUCUGUUCUUACUUAUAACCUUUUCACCAUAUAAAUGGGCAUUUUUUUUUCCAAUGUCCUUCCUAGCUUGUUACGUUGGGUUACUUUGAUAUGCUUUUAUUUUAUUUUAUUUUAUCUUCCUGGUUUGAGCUUGCAACAGUGGAGUUCUUCUAUUGAAUUCCUGAUGUUAUUCAUAUUUGUUUCAGGCUUUCAGAUGAUGUACUGUAAAUGGAAUACUUCAGUUAUGAAAAUUUGAUUUUCUGAA